AUGGAUGGGCGGGUGUUGUUGUGGGGCAUGUGUCGCCAUGCCAGCAAGUGGUGGGUGGAGUGGAGUGUGCGUGUAAGGGGCUCCUUCCAUGCUCAGGCGCACCCUCCCCUGCCCUCACAUUCCCCUCUUUCCCUCAUUCCCCGUUCCCCUCAUUCCCAUGAUUCCCCCCGUUCCCCUCAUUCCCCCCUUCCCCGUCCAGCUCCUUCCAUGCUCAGGCGCACCCUCCCCUGCCCUCACAUUCCCCUUGCUGACCUAAUCAGGGCCACCAAUGGGUGGGCAGAGGGGCGGAGGGUGGGGGGAGGCAGGUGGAGUGAUGUGUACCGGGGGGAAUGGGGGGAAUCGGGGGAAUCGGGGCGGAGGGCGGAGGGGGGAAAGAGCGAGGAGAGGAGUGAGGCGGAGAGCGAUGGUGGGAAUGGAAGAGGGGGAGAGGGGAAGCAGGACGGGGGAGAGGGGAAGCAGGACGGGGGAGAGGGGAAGCAGGAAGGGGGAGAGGAGGGGGGCGCGUUGCAGAGGAAGCAGGGGAUGCGUGCAGGGAGGGGGAGGGCGCGGGGGCGGGGGGGCGUGUGGGCAGUGAAGCGCAUGAGAGGGGGGCCGCCGUGGGAGUCACUGGAGGCCCACGCGCUGGCCUUGGCGCGGGUGGGGCACCCCAACGUGCUCCGCCUCGUGGGGUGGUGCAGCUGGCAGGCUGGGGGGGGCAUCGAGGGGCUGCCAGAGGCAGGGCAGAGGGGAGUGCAGGAGGGGGGAGGGGAGGGGGGUAUGCAGGAGGGGCGGGCGCGGGGAGAGGAAAGGGGCGGGCAGGAAAGGGGAGCGAAGGGGGGUGGGAAGGAGAGGGGAGAGGAGGGGAGCAGGCAGGAGGAGGGAGAGGAGAAGGGCGGGCAGGAGGGGGGAGAGGAGGGGCAGGUGUUGGUGUAUGAGUGGAUGGAGAGGGGCAGCUUGCAGGCAGUGCUGCAGGCAGCCGCGCAGGCGGGCAGCAGCCCCUUGUCCCUGCGGCAGCGGGUGGGCAUCACGGUGGGGGUGCUGAGGGCGCUCAAGGCGGUGCAGAGCCACGGGCAGGUGCACGGCGACCUCAAGCCCUCCAACGUGCUGCUCACUGUUGCCUGGGAGGCGCGGGUGGGCGACUGGAGUGCGGUGCGCAUGGGGCAGCGCGUGCACGUGGACAUGGGCGGGCAUCAGGAAGACAUGUUCAGGUGGGACCCACAUGUUCAGGUGGGGCCCACAUGUUCAGGUGUUCAGUGUGGGAGUGCUGCUGCAACAGCUGCUUAUUUCAUCUCUCCUACCUCACCCUUUCGCCCUCCCUCUGCCCCUUUUCCUCCGCCCCUUCGAGCCUCCCUGCUGCAAGGGGAGCGGACAGGAGAAAGGCUAGAUAGCAGAGAGGGGGACAGCGGAGAGAGACGAGAGGGUGGGGGGCAGAGCAUAGGGAGAUGGAGCGGGCUGUUCUGGGGGAGUGGCACGGGCAUAUGGGAUGGGCAGGGCAGUGGCGGUGCACUGGGCACACGGCUGGCAAUGCUGGGUUCAGAGGAUAGUCGCGAGUUUGUGGUGUAG